CUGGUAGGGAAGAAGCAAUAUUUUCCCCACUCCUCCUCCAUAUCUGUUUAAAAAAGAAAAUAAAGCCCUACAUUGACAAAAGUCAGCAACAGAAAGUUGCUGACUUUUAUUUCUUCUAAGGAUACAAAAAUGAGUUUGGCUUGGCUGCAUCCCAGACAGGACAUCCAGAUGGCUUCUCUAUCCCUUCUCCUUGUUGCCAUUCUCCUUGUUGGAGCUCAAGUGGUGGAACCACUAGUUUGCCCAACCUGUAUACCUUCUUCCAGCACAUGCCCAAAUAAAACGUGUGAUAGUGGGCAGGACACAUGCAUGAGCUUGAGCAUUUUCCAGACCCUCAAAAUAGGAGAAACCCAGACAAAUGGCUACUCCCAGUACUGCGCAGUGGCUAAAGAAAAUGUGAACAGCAGCUUUAGGUUUGAGUUUGGAGAAGACAAAUCUCUAGAGUAUAAUUCCCUGCUUUGUAAAGGACCAUGCAGAGUUGCUCCUCCAUUUGCCCAUAUUAAUUUGGAAGAUUACUUGAAUGGGAAGUUUUGCCCCAAAUGUUACAGACCAGGACACACAAGCUGUGAGGAUAAUGGAACCGUAGCCUGCUAUGGAGACUUUAUACAGUGUGCUGCAAUAAGUGGCAAAAUAAUAGAAGGUGGUUUUGAAAUCCCCUUUGCAGCCAAAGGGUGUGCCAGAGGCAACUUGGAAGAACUCAGUUCUAAACUAUCACUGAGAAUUGUGACAUUUGAAUACAACUAUACAUUGGAUACACUGAGCUAUGGACCGGCCAAUGGUGCUUUGGCAGCCAUGCGACGUUUUGCUUUUAGCCUGAACAGUAAGGACUUGGGUCCCCAAGUGGCCUUCUUCUUUCCAUGCUUCCUGGGCCUCUUUGCAGUGAAGAUCUUCUCAUAAGGAACAUCAAGCUAACUCACAACCAUCUUGAACCUCCACUAUAUGAGGAAGACUCCGUUGGAAGCUGAAGUGUUGUUCAUACUGGAAAGAACAUCAUGAUUAGUUAAACAAAGUUCUUUGCAUCUGAAUAAAUGAAG